CAUCAAUCCCCCCCCAUCACCCCCACCCCACCCCUCAUAUCACCUUCGUAGCAUCACAAUGGCAUCCGAAGUACCUGCCGCCGCAAACGAUGACGUCUUCCAGGGCGCCAUCGGUAUCGACUUGGGAACCACAUACUCCUGUGUAGGUGUAUGGUCCUCCCAGGGAGAGCGAGUCGAGAUCAUCGCAAAUGACCAGGGUAACCGUACUACCCCCUCAUACGUCGCCUUCACUGACUCCGAGAGGCUCAUCGGUGACGCCGCCAAGAACCAGGCCGCCAUGAACCCCCGCCAGACUGUCUUCGACGCCAAGCGACUCAUCGGCCGCAGAUUCGACGACCCUGAUGUCCAGAAGGACAUGAAGACCUGGCCCUUCUCUGUUAUUGACAAGGCUGGCUCGCCCGCUAUCUCGGUCGAGUACCUCGGCGAGAAGAAGGAGUUCUCCCCCCAGGAGAUCUCUGCCAUGGUUCUCACCAAGAUGAAGGAGAUCGCUGAGGCCAAGCUCGGCAAGGAGGUCAAGAAGGCCGUCGUCACUGUGCCCGCUUACUUCAACGACUCUCAGCGAUUGGCCACCAAGGACGCUGGUUCCAUUGCUGGUCUCGAUGUGCUGCGAAUCAUCAACGAGCCCACCGCCGCUGCCAUCGCUUACGGUCUCGACUCCAAGUCGUCCACCGAGAAGAACGUCCUGAUCUUCGACCUGGGAGGAGGAACAUUCGAUGUCUCCCUCCUCAACAUCACCGGUGGUGUCUUCGCCGUCAAGGCCACUGCUGGUGACACCCACCUUGGUGGUGAGGACUUCGACAACGCCCUCCUUGAGCACUUCAAGAAGGAGUUCGAGAGGAAGAACAAGCUCGACAUCAGCGAGGACCCCCGAGCCCUCCGAAGGCUGCGUUCGUCUUGCGAGCGAGCAAAGCGAACUCUCUCUAGCGUUACCCAGACCACCGUCGAGGUCGACUCUCUGUUCCAGGGUGUUGACUUCUCCGCCAACAUCACCCGUGCUCGUUUCGAGGAGAUCAACGCUGCCACCUUCAAGGGCACCAUUGACCCCGUCCAGAAGGUCCUCAAGGACGCCAAGAUGAACCCCGACAAGGUCGACGAUGUUGUCCUGGUCGGUGGAUCCACCCGUAUCCCCAAGAUCCAGUCCCUCGUCUCCGAGUUCUUCAACGGUCGUCAGCUCAACAAGUCGAUUAACCCCGACGAGGCCGUUGCUUACGGUGCCGCCGUCCAGGCCGCUGUCCUGACCAACCAGACCAGCGACAAGACCGCCGACCUGCUGCUGCUCGAUGUUGCUCCCCUCUCCCUCGGUGUCGCCAUGCAGGGCGAUGUCUUCGCUCCCGUCAUCCCCCGAAACUCCCCCAUCCCAUGCACCAAGUCGCGUACCUUCACCACUGUCGAGGACAACCAACAACAGGUCACCUUCCCCGUCUACGAGGGAGAGCGAACCCAGUGCAAGGACAACCGACUGCUCGGAGAGUUCGAGCUGACCGGUAUCCCCCCCAUGCCCAAGGGCCAGGCCGAGCUGCUCACCACCUUCGAGGUGGACGCCAACGGUCUGCUGCGUGUCACUGCUCAGGACAAGGCUUCUGGCCGAACCGCCAACAUCACCAUCACCAACUCGGUUGGUCGACUGUCGUCGACUGAGAUUGACCAGAUGAUCAAGGACUCUGAGCAGUUCAAGAACAGCGACAAGGAGUUCCAGGCUCGCCACGACGCCCGAAAUGACCUGGAGGCUUACGUGUCAUCGGUGGAGUCGACGAUCUCCAACCCUGCUGCCACCAUCAAGCGUGCCGGCAAGAUGGAGGUGGAGCAGCAAUUGGCCAAGGCCCUCGAGGUUCUGGAGCUGGAGGGUGCUACUUCGGACGACUACAGGAAGGCAUCUCUCCGUCUCAAGAGGGCUACCGGCCGUGCCUUCCGCAACUAGAUGGAGCGAUGAAGUGUGUGCGUGAUGGAGAGAGCGCCAGUGUGCCUUCUUGGUGUCCCUUUGUCAUAUGUACAACUUUCUCAUUUUGCUCGUCUUGCCGGCCCCCCC